GUUGUUAUUGUGGUAAUUUCAAAGUGAUGUCGGACUCCAAAAGGUGUGUGAAAAAUUCCCUUUUUAGCCCUUCUGUGACUGGCAAUACUUUUGAAGACUUUUCCCAAAAUGCUGUCCUGUUGCCUGCUAUGGAAAAACCACCACCACCUGUGCUAAAUAUUACUCCAGAGCAAAUACUGCAAAGUACAAUCACUCCACAACAACAACCAUCCCUGGCAGUAUUACCACCAGUUGAUUAUUUUAGUUCUCCACAUCAACCCACUCCAGGCACAUGUUCCAAUCAAGAACCUCAGGAGUUUGCGGUCAAUUCUCCACAAGAAUCGGAAGCUGAUCAAUCAAAUUUCACUUCAGUACUGUCAUCAUUUACGAGUUAUUUGCGUAUUGGUGCUGGCGACUGUCAGCAACGAGAAGUGCAGACAUUUGAAGAGGCACCCGUACCAGCACCUGCCCAAUUGGAUACUUUUAAAUGUCAGGAUAUUUCUAGUGCGCCUACAGUGCCGUUAUUUAAUGCCACAGCUUCGAUUACACAAUGCAGUGGUGCACUCGCAGUCCCAACAGGUCCUGUAAAUACAUUCAGGCGUUCAGCUUUGAAACGUCCAGUUUAUGCUCCAGUUCCAGGUCUUGCUAGUAACACAAUUCCUCCCCCCGUACCAACCCAACCUACAUAUCAAACCUAUUUUACACCACCUCAACCUAGUGCUCCAGCAACCAUAUUUCAACCUUCCAUAUCUCCUGCUAGCUCCACUUCCUCAGUUCAAGACAAUACAUUUGCACUUCAUAAUCAAUUUAAACCAAUUAAUCCUCAACCUGCCAGUUUCCCAGUUGUGAAGCCCAAUAUUCCUCAUCCUCAACACCAUCCUUUACAGUUAGGACCAGUCAUGGAUGCUAUUCCAGCUAGUGAACUUUUGUUCUCGCAACCAGAUGUUUUUCCUGAAGGUUCAAACGUACCUAAGCCUAUACCAACAAAUAAAACCUAUAGGCCAGUUUAUCAUCAUUGGUUCCACAGAAAAGACAACAAAAGCUCAUGGUCUCCUCUUUCCAUGGUAGAUUCACUUAGUUUAGAACAUGCUUUUACUUCUAAUGAUUUAGAUCCAUCUAAGGUACUAUCAACUGAUGGUGGUCGAUAUGACGUUAAUAUUCUUCGACGUCAAAGAACACCAGUUUACUGGAAAGGAGCAAUUUCCGAAGUACGACGUUGUUCUUGGUUUUACAAAAGUAACAACGACAGAAGCUACAUGCCUUAUGAUGAAAACAUUGCAACAAAAUUGGAAGAAGAAUUCAAAACUGCUUUUGAAUGCAACCAGUGGAAUAGAAGAGUAAAUUUGGCAAAUGGAGAUAUUGUUGAAUUUCAUGCUCCAGAUGUUUUGGUAUUAUAUCAGCCAACUCAAGCUAAUGAUGCGUGGACAAACGUGCCAAAUCAGAUCAAGCCGAGGGCUGUUAAACGAGGUAUGGAUGAAUUUGAUAUUGAUGAAGGCGAACCGCAGCACGUAGAUCAUCUUUUGUUUAUGGUACACGGAAUUGGAUCAGUAUGUGACUUGAAAUUUAGGACUGUUGAAGAAGUCGUUGAUGAAUUCCGCAACAUAGCUCUUCAACUAACCCAAUCGCAUUAUAAAUCAUCCUGCGAACGAGGAAUGAUCCACAGAGUUGAAGUUCUGCCAAUAAGUUGGCAUGGAAAACUACAUUCUGAAGAAACCGGAAUUGAUGAACAAUUGAAAAAAAUCAGUUUAGAAAGCAUUCCGCGAUUACGUGAAUUUACCAACGAUACAAUUUUGGAUGUUUUGUUUUACACUAGCCCAUUGUAUAGCCAAACUAUUAUCUCUACAGUUGGGGAUGAGUUAAAUAGGGUUUACAAUUUAUUCAAGCAAAGAAAUCCUUCAUUUAAUGGCGGAGUUUCGCUUGGAGGUCAUAGUUUGGGAUCUUUGAUCCUUUUUGACCUAUUGGCACACCAACAUCCUGAAGAUGUGACUGAGGAAUCAAAACAAGAUGAUCUUAGUGAUGGCAAUGCUCCUGACGAAAAAAAAUUUUCGAGAAGAAUCAGUCAUAUGAUGGGAUCUGUUGGUGCAGGACAACCCAAGAUUAGCUAUCCGCAUCUUAAUUUCCAGCCUCAAGCAUUUUUCGCUCUUGGUAGCCCGAUUGGUAUGUUCGUCACAGUCAGAGGCCUUCAUAAACUAGGAGAGAAUUUCGCUUUGCCGACUUGCCCAGCUUUUUUCAAUGUUUUCCAUCCGUACGAUCCAGUGGCCUACCGAAUAGAGGCUCUGAUAAAUCCUGAAUCGGCUAAAUUGAAGCCUGUGCUUAUUCCCCAUCAUAAAGGAAGGAAACGAAUGCAUUUAGAACUCAAAGAAACGAUGGCAAGAGUAGGAGCCGACCUUAAACAAAAAGUUUUCGACUCCAUGAAAAGUACUUGGAAUUCAUUUUAUCAAUUGGCAAUGUUCCAUAGGUCUGACCAACCAUCGUUGGAAGCCGAAGUCAAUAAAAAUCUUCAAAACCAACUGGAAACCAAUCAAGAAGACGAUGUGCAAUUAGAUACAGAACCUAUUGAAGAACAAACAGACAUUCCAUUGGGACAGCUAAAUAAAGGAAGAAGAAUUGACUAUGUCCUACAAGAAGCCCCAUUGGAAUUUUUUAACGAAUAUAUUUUUGCUUUGACGAGUCAUGUAUGUUACUGGGAAUCUGAGGACACUAUUUUAAUGAUUCUUAAGGAAAUCUAUACAUCAAUGAACAUCCAAACAGAUAAUAAGAUUCCUCAACAGACUAUGGCGAUAGAAAUACCUUUGCCAUCUCCAAAAUUUGAAAAACAGUCUCCUGGAACAAGUGAUAUUAGGAUGGAUCCCACUUAUCCCAUCACUGCGGAUUCCAAUAUCUCACCUCCUCCAACCGCUGGAUUCAUUAGAAAAACGUAGUUCAUGCUUCACUAUCGGGUUUAUCAUCCUUUGGCCGAAAGAUAUGCCCCCUAUUUGUUAUUACAGAAGAAUUACAUGGAAAAACUUAUUCAUUACACUCAUUUUUAGUGAUGCCGCGAGACCAGACGAGAAUAUGCUCUCUCGUCUUGUCUCGAAGGUUCAAGAGAAAAUGAGUCUCGACAAGAGAUCCUCAAUACGAGACGAGAGAGCUGUUCUCGUUUUCUUUCGUCUCUCGUGAGUUUUGACGCAUGAUAAGUUAAUUUUGUCUCCAAGGUAAAGAAAAUGCAAAAGAAAAUUUUGCUCAUUGCUCAACUAAAAUGUAUAAGAAUGUAAUAUUACCCAGGGUUCUGUGUUGUGGACGUUUACCUACUUUUUUAUCUCAACAAAACGGUUCUAGACGCCACUGAAAUAAUCAAGCCUAAUCUAAUUACAUGAAAAUAGUUUCAAUAAAAUCGACGGUUUUAGUUUUGUGAUAUCAAUAAUUUUUUUAUUGAAUAUAAGGAAUCGCACCUUGAUGUUGGGAGGCCAACUUCGGAAACACCUUGUAUAUUAAAAUAAAUAAUUUAUUUUUAAUCUUGAGCCAUAUUUAAAAAAAAAAAAAAAAUGCAUCAUGCAUCACAAAUAAGUGUGAACAACAAUAGCUUUGCAAAACCUAUAAUAACAAAAAAACAUCUUCAUGUAUCCACAUUCUCACUAGCUCUUUCCAGAAUCUACCUACCUAAAAUAUAGGUACCUAAAACUUUAUAGUUGAGGUUGAGGGCUUGUAUGUAUCUUCAAGAUGUCAGAAUCAAAAGCAGCAUUGAUAUUAAGCGGUUCACACAAGUGUCAAUAGGCCACUUUCACAUGCCAGGAAUAUGGUAAUAUGAUAUUUUUUCAUGCAGAUGCAUGGAUGCAACCGAGAAUGAACAAUAUUUUGCAAGAUUUCAGUCAGAUUAUUAAAUAAAUUAAUAAAUAAAAAUCACCUAAUAAAUUUAAACAAAAAAUCACGUGUUUGUGAUUUUUUUGCCACAUUUAAAAAUAGUGUCACGACUCUGGGGUGCGUGGGAGAAAUCUUGGGUCCGUUUAUUCAAAAAUCAAAAUCCAGUUAACACAACAAUAAUUUAUUCCAUGUAGUAAUUAGUAGUAGUAGAAGUAAUUAGUGACAGAGUAGUAACUCUGACACUAAUUAACUCAAACAACUUAACUCUUUACAACUCUUACAAUAUUCACUAGUUAUCUAAAUCGUAUAAUAGCCAAUCUUAAACUAAAAACUACGAAUACCGGCUGAAGCGUACCGGCAACACCGCGCCGCUCCAGAGCCAUCUACAGCGACCCUUGCCUUUCGCCCUCUCGGCGAGUUCAAUAGAGACUUUCGU